AUGACAACCUGCCGAAGAUGUCAUCGGCUCAAAAAGACGUGCUCCACGCCGGUCGCACUUUCCAAGGGCCCUGCAAAGCGACUGCAGGCGCGACCUACUCGAACAGUUCUCCAGCAGCCAACGCCCGAGCCUACACCAGCACCAGGACUCUGUGGUCAGCAAAUUUCACGGGAGCUGAAGCACCAUAUCAGCGAUAGUCUCCAGGAACUUUCCAUUGAGCUCAAGCAGGAGCUGUUCGAUGAGUUCUUAAUCGGCAUGAGACCAUCAUAUGCCUUCCUGACCCUGGAAACGGAGUUCGAAAAGGAUGCGCAAACAUAUAGCUCUGCUCCAGACGAGUCACUUUCAUCAUUCACAGAAUGCAAUUCACGCACACCAUUCACAGCGGCUGCGAUCCUACUCGUCUCGCUUCACCGCCGUAUCUCGCUACAAAAGUCCGUUGCGGCUGAAUGGCUAGCCUCAGUCUCCAAGGCCCUCAUCAUCGACGGUCACAAGUCUUUCGACCUCCUGCAAAGCAUUCUCCUGGUCACCACCUACUACCCGUAUCAUAUGCUUCGAAGCCCACAAUUGCAUACGCUCAUACAUCUAGCGCAGUCACUGGCUGUUGACCUCAACUUGGCCAACUAUACAUCUCACAUAGGAAUGCCGUCCCGCAUUCGUUCUGACAUUGGUGCAGCACUCUUCGGUGUCGUCCACGGCCGGUCAAGUGCGAUCGCAGAACAUCGCGCCACGCUGGGUUUGUACUACCUCCAAGCCAUGUAUGCCAUCACUCUCCGCCGGCUAGAGUUCCCACGAUGGUCGACACGCCUCGAUUAUGCGUGCGAGUAUAUUCAACAGCACGGCAACGACUCGAGUGACAUACACGCUGUGGGCAUUCUACAAGCUUUGAAAGUGGCCAGUGUUUACCUUGUGCCCGACGGCAUCCACCCAUCAGACUCACUACCAAUCCGUGCAUACGUACGCUGCUUCACUACUGACAUGUCCCGCUUCCGACAAAUGCUCCCUCCACGGCUCAAAGAUGAUUGUGUCUUCGCACAGGAACUGCUGACGAUCGAAAUCGCGCUGUAUGACCUAGCAAUCGCUGCUCUAGAGAGCACUCCUCACACGUCCGGCGAGACAUAUGAAGCCAUCUCUGCAACUCACAAUUGCCUCAUCGCCUUCGUCGAUAAGCUCCUCGCCUACCCACUGGAGUCAUAUGCCCUCAUGAAUAGCAUCACCCUCGGCAGCGAACUAUCACAGAUGUUUGAAGUCUUCAUGAAACUCCAUCGCAUCGGCAACCUCGACAGCAACAGUCACAAUGCUGAGCAGUCGCCACCAAUAUGGACGAUGGCAGACGUACCGCCAAGCCAGCAAUUUUCCGCCGUCGCAGACCGCAUAGCAGAACGACUGGGGGACGUCUUCCUCGAUGAGCGCGCACGCUUCCCUACGGUGGACUGCUAUCGGUUCGCAGUAUACCCGAUCCAGGUCAGGCAGUUCAAGAAGAAGUUUGAUGAGCAGUUUGCCACGGCUGGAAAUGCUGCGCGUGGUCAACAGGUGGCUGCACAAACAGAUCCUGUGAUGAACAGGUCCCUGCAGGACAUGAGCAAGUCUAUGCCGGAACUACAAAUGCAGGAUGGAGGGAUGUUUACCUCGCCAUUGCCGGCCUUGGACGACUUAUUGCAGUGGGGCUAUAUUGGCGAGGGAACGGGGUGGCCGUAA